AUGGCGGCGGUGGCGGCAGCCUCGGCGCGCGCCCGCGGAGCCGGCCCGGUGUGGCGGCUGCGCCUGCUGUGCCAGCGCUACCAGGAGUACGUGAGGCGGCACCCGGCCGCCACGGCCCAGCUGGAGGGCACCGUGCGGGGGCUCUCCUACCUGCUGCCAGGUCGCUUCUCGGACUCGCACGCGCUGUCGGAGCUGGUGUACUCUGCCUCCAACCUCCUAGUGCUGUUAAACGACUGGAUUCUCCGAAAGGACCUGCAGCAAAACCUGCCGGUGUCGCUGCCCCAGCAGAAGCUGCUGACCUGGCUGAGUGUGCUAGAAUGCGUGGAGGUCUUUGCAGAGAUGGGGACAGCCAGGGUGUGGGGGGAGAUGGGCCGGUGGACCAUCAUUGUCCUCAUCCAGCUGGCUAAAGCCAUCCUUCGUCUCCUGCUCCUGCUGUGGUACAAAGCUGGCAUCCAGAUGUCUCCUCCCAUCGUGCCGCUGAACAGGGAGAAGCAAGAGCCUCUCCACCCUCAAGGCAUGGAAGAUAACUCCUCAGGGAAGGAUCAGACCUAUGUUGGCAGGCGUUCCAGCCGUGUUGUGCGCUCUCUACAGAGCACCCCUUCCCUGCAGUCGCGGCACUGGGGGUCCCCCCAGCAGAGGGAGGAAUCGCAGAGCCGAAGAGCGGAGGAGAUGAACCAGCCUCCCACUCCUCUGGGUCUCCAAGAAACCAUCGCAGAAUCCAUCUACAUUACCCGCCCCCUGCUCCACCUAUUGAGUUUAGGAGUAUGGGGCCAGAGAUCAUGGAAGCCCUGGCUCCUCUCGGCAGUCCUGGACAUCUCAAGUCUGAGCUUGCUGAGUGAUCUGAAAGACCUGAACAGGCGAGAGCGGGCAGAGCUGAGGCGACGAACCAUCCUACUGCUGUACUACCUGCUGAGAUCUCCUUUCUAUGACCGAUAUUCAGAGGGCAGGAUCCUCCUCCUUCUGCGCUUGUUGGCUGAUUAUGUGCCUGGAGUUGGCUUCAUCACACGGCCACUGAUGGAUUACUUGCCUGCUUGGCAGAAAAUCUAUUUCUAUAACUGGGGCUGAUAAGAAGAUGAUUACUCUCUGCUAAAAUUAUGGCUGGACAUUCCUAAGGAGAGCAAGCAGGCUGGGGGAGGGGUGUUGAUAAUGUCUAAUUUUCAGUUAAAUCAUAAAUGAGAAGCUCCUGCUCUGCAGAGCAGGGAGGGGGUUGUAUGCAUUUUUUUAAACAGAUCUAGGUGCGAAUGACGGACGCUAAAUAUGUGGGGAGACCCUGGCCACCUAUUUUGUCUGGACCAUUGUGUGGCUGCAGUGAUGGUGAUGGGACAACCUCUUUUUUGAAGCACUUGAUUUUUCUUUUGUACAGCUGCGCUGUAACCAAGCCAGGCAGCGCAGUGGGUUUUGGGGAGCACUGUCUCACGUGUCAAGGCCCUGAGGUUGACCCACAACCUGCUUGUGUUGGCCGUGCCUGGUCCAUCUGCUUGGAGCGGAUUCGUCUGUCAAAUAAACUGACUGAAUGGAGAGAACUGAGCUGAAGA